AUGAUAUUCGAUCCAAAACCUCUAGACCUCCCGACCUCUUAUGAGACGGUUCCAACGUCCGGCCAUGUCAUCGUUAAGCACAAUCCACCUGGCUCGCCAACAGUAACCCCCAUCGUCGUUGUCACACUCAACCGCCCGAAUAAGCAGAAUGCAUUCACUGGAGAGAUGGUCUUUGAUUUCGAGAAGCUUUUCGCGCUAUUUGAUGUCGAUGAACGCGUCAAGGUAAUCGUUCUAACCGGCGCCGGGAAGACCUUCUGUGCUGGUGCAGACCUGGAUAUUGGAUUUACGAGGCAUGUCGGCAAAGACAGGCCGGCGGAUCACCGUGAUGGUGGCGGACGCGCUUCCCUUGCUAUCCAUCAUUGCCGCAAACCAACUAUCGCGGCUAUGCAAGGAUCAGCAGUUGGAGUGGGCAUGACGAUGACUCUACCCACCAUUAUUCGCAUCGCCUACGAGAAAGGGAAAUACGGUUUUGUAUUUGGACGCCGUGGCAUCACAAUGGAGGCGUGCUCGUCCUAUUUCCUACCCCGUCUAGUCGGACACUCCAACGCAAGCUACCUCGUCAGCACCGGUGCAGUAUUCCCACCGACCGCAAAACACUUUGGGGACUUGUUCAAUGAGAUUAUGCCUGAGGCGUCCCAAGUAUUGCCAAGAGCUCUCGAAUUAGCGACUGAAAUCGCCGAGAAUGUCAGUCCCACGUCAUUGUAUCUCAACCGAGCCAUGAUGUGGCGGAACGAUGGUUCGCCGGAGAUGGCGCAUUUGGUCGAGUCAAAAACAAUCUAUCAUAUGUUCUCAUCAGCAGACCAGAAAGAAGGUGUGACGGCAUUCUUUGAAAAGCGUAAACCCAACUUCCGAGCCAAUUUGGAUGAUGACGUGCCUGCUCAUGUUCCUUGGUGGACCGAGGUUGAUACUGGCCGGCCUCCCAAGGCCAAGACUCCGGCGAAGCUGUAG